AUGUAUGUGUUAAACUCUUUGGAGUUUGAUGUCUUUGGUAUUGUGUUCUUCUUGUACUUGUUCUACCACGUGUUCGCAAAAUGCGUUGGGGAAGCAACAGACUCGUCGCACCAGGUGAACUUGAUGAAUUACAUUUACGACAGCGAAUCCGAGGAGAAGACGACGAAAGGUAAGCCUCGGAGAAGACGUACCCGCCGCAAGAAAAAACAGAAGCGUGAUGGGGACUACACGAAGAAAGAUGUGUUGCAUAUGAUAAAGCUGUUACUACAGUCGAAACUGGUUACCAAGAAAUACCCAAAGUACAGCGAACUCCCACCUGAGUUUGGGACGGAGUAUUACAACCAGAAAUCUGAUAUAGAAUACUACCCUGAACCGAAAACUCCACAAGGCAGGAAACCGUUACCCGCUCCCGUGACCAAAGUUAAGUAUCAGUUUCCACCAAGCAUUCACUACACCGGAACCCGCCACCCUGUGAAUGAGGCUGAGCGCAAAAGCACCCCUCCACCCGAGUUGUACUUUGUUGAACCCAGUGUUCAGCCGGAGGUCCCACCGGAGCCAGAGACCAGACAGCCUAAGCCAAAAAUUCAGCGAAAUGGCCCACCCCAACCAAGGCCUCAACCUAUGGAAACAUACCACUUAGAAAAUUAUGUUGAAGUUUAUCCUGAACUGAAGUUCCCAUCAAGCAGUGAGCCCCAACUGGAGCCGGAGAUCCAGCACGAUAGCCCACCCCCACCUAAGCCUGAAUCCAAGAUUACAUACAGCUUAGAACCUUAUGUUGAGGCUUAUCCUGAGCUAAAGUUCCCAUCUAUCAGUGAGCCCCUACCGGAGUCAGAGCCCAGUAUCGAAUACCGUGAGCCUAGGCCAGAGAUCCAGCAUGAUAGCCCGCCCCCAAGUAAGCCUGAAUCCAAGAUUACAUACCAUUCAGAACCUGAAUUUGAGGCUUAUCCUGAGCUAGAAUUCCCACCUAGCAGUGAGCCCCCACUGGAGCCAGAGACGAAAAUCGAAUACCAGUCUGAACCUGAUGUUGAAUACCAUGAGCCUGGGCCAGAGGUCCAGCCCAAAGGCCCUCCCCCAUAUAAGCCUGAACCUAAGAUUACAUACAGCUUAGAACCUGUUGUUGAUGCUUAUCCUGAGCUAGCAGUCCCAUCUAGUAUUGAGCCGCCACAGAAACCAGAGAUCAAAAUGAAAGAUCAGUCUCAACCUGAUAUUGAGGCUUAUUCUGAGCCAGAAUUGCCAUCUAGCAGUGAGCCCCCACAGAGGCCAGAGACUAAAAUCGAAUACAAGUCUGAACCUAUUAGUAAAUACAGUGAGCCUGGGCCAGAGAUCCAGCGUACCGGUGUAUCCACACCUGAGCUCAGGCACGAGAGAAUUCCUUCACCUGAGCCCAAAAUGGUGUCCAAGUUUGAUUCUGAUAUUAAUGUCUAUACUGAUCAGCCAGGGCCUGUUAUCAAACCUGAUAUACAGCAUGAUACUAAACCCCGAGAUGAGCCCAUGACUGAUGUUAAGUCUGAACCUGAACUCGCACCCAAGAUGUAUUUUCAGCCUGAGAUUGAGUACGAAAUGCCACCAGCUCCAGAUACACCCAUGACCCAGCCUCAACAGGAGACCAGUGAUGAACCUCAGCCUGUGUCUGAGCCCCGGCUUAAGAGGAAGGACCAAAAGAAGACUGUGGCAAAACGCAAGUUUAAGCCGAAGCUUGAAACAGUAUCGGAGCCUAUUUUUGAACAUGAACCUGAUCUUGAGCCUGAGUCUAAGCCUGAGCCUGCUCUCCUGCCUAAGCCUGAGCCUGAGCCUGCUCUCCUGCCUAAGCCUCAGCCUGAGCCUGCUCUCCUGCCUAAGCCUCAGCCUGAGCCUGCUCUCCUGCCUAAGCCUCAGUCUGAGCCUGCUCUCCUGCCUAAGCCUCAGUCUGAGCCUGCUCUCCUGCCUAAGCCUCAGUCUGAGCCUGCUCUCCUGCCUAAGCCUCAGUCUGAGCCUGCUCUCCUGCCUAAGCCUCAGCCUGAGCCUCCUCAGUCUGAGCCUGCUCUCCUGCCUAAGCCUCAGUCUGAGCCUGCUCUCCUGCCUAAGCCUCAGUCUGAGCCUGCUCUCCUGCCUAAGCCUCAGCCUGUUCCCCAGCCUGAGCUUGAGCUUGUGUUUCAGCCUGAGCUUGUGUUUCAACCAGAGCCUGAGCCAUCUCCGGAACCUGAGAUUCAAUAUGAGAUUGAAGUGAAACCUCAGUCUGAGCCUGACAUUGAGCUGCCACAUAAAGUUUCUGAGCCUGAGAUCAAACUGCAGACUGAGAUGGAGACUCAGACUGAUGUUGAGCUUGAGUUUGAGGCUGGGCACCAUCAUGUGACCAAACUGCAGCUCGAGACCGACGCUGAGCAUCAGCACGUCACCGAGCUCCAGCUGAAGACGGCGUGUCAGCGUCUGAGUGAAUUCCAGCUUGAGACUGAGUGUGAGCACGUGACGGACCUGCAGCUUGAGUUUGUGUCUCAGCACUUGACCAAGUUGCAGAUUGUAACCGAAACCAAGCACAAGACCAGCACUGACCACCGACACGUGACCGAAGUCCAGCUCAAGAAUGUCGCUCCACCACAACCACACGAAACCAAACCCGAGUUCCAGUGCAAAACUGAGCCUGAGCCUCAACAUUCUCCUGAACCUGAGUCUAAGACGAUAACCAAGUAUGAGCCCAAAAUUGACAAUGAGACCCAAACUCAUCACCAACAUCAUGAUCUUGAGGCUGAGCUUCUGCACAUGCGUGAGCACCAGCAAGAGACUGAGUAUCAGCUUGAGGCUGAUUCGAACACUGACAUCCACCUUCAAUUGAAGUCUUAUGCUGUGUGUGACCGCACGACCAGGAUUGAGCUGGGUAGAGACAGUGUGUACCAAUCUGAGCCUGUGCUCUGGCACGCCUCCGAGACCCUUCUCCGGCAACGUACUCAGCAUCGAUACAUACCUGAGAGGACGUGUGAGCAUGGCAACGAGACCUGGCUCAAAACGGUGAAGAGUGAUCUGGACAGGAAUGGAGUUCAGGUUGAGCCUGAGUGUCAAGAUGAGGACGUGGCUCUGCUCAAGGGCUGCAUUAGACCAGUAUACGUGACUCAGUGCAAGUCAGAUACUGAUAGCAGUGAUCAACUCUCGACUGAGCUUCGGUUUGGGACGGAUACUGAGUCUGAGGCAUCGUAUCGCGUUGAGGCCAAGACUUGGUGUGAAACGCUGGCUGAGCUUCAGUUUGAUACGGAGACUGAGAAUGAGACUGAGAGUGAGUAUGAGCUUGAGAGUGAGUACAAGGCUGGGAGAGAAUAUCCUCAAAUUGGGGUCUGGUGCCCGUCUCCGGCCAAGAAGACUGACAAAGAAUGUGGGAUCAAAACUGAGCACCUGCAUCCAGUGACCCUCCGGCCUGAGGUGGAGCCUAAGCCAUGUGGUGGUGUGACCACAUACCAAGUCAAGAAUGAAACUAAGUGCUCAGACGAGGCCAAGGCUGAACUUGAGCAGAAAAGUAAAACUGACCACCUACAGCCACCUUCUAUGUCUGAUUUUCAGAUUGACUCUGUGCCCAGUUCUCAUUUAUUUUCUGAACUUCUGGCUGCAAGAGACGCCGAUCGUUGGAAUACCUCGAAUCUCUUGUCAGAUGCCCAAACUGACCGUCAAUGUGGUACGGUCCAAAAUUUGCCUCAGUGUAAAACCAAGGACGACCCUUGUAUUGUAGUACAAGCUGACCAUCGACACGUCUCUGAUUCCGAAUCCGUAACAGAUGUUGACCCUUCACACUUGACCGACUCCCAACAUGAAACUCAUUGUCCAUUUGCGACUACUCAGAUCAGAGACCAACCCAGGCCCUGUUAUCCGCGUGUGUGUGAAGAAUCUAACCAAAACAACGCCAACCGGUUCAUCGUAACAUUAAUAAUCCCCUAUUCAUAAUGAACUCUCUUCACACACACAUGCAAAGCAGCUCCAGUCUGACCACGUUCCUUUGCUACCUGAAAAUUUUGAUCAUUAAAAUUGCCAACACUAUGCACAAUACAGGGAUAUUUGAAUACCUCAUUGAAUUUUUCUGUGAAAUCUUAUAUGAACACAUUAUGUUGUUCACCCCAGUUUGUAAUUUGAUAAGGAGGACUUUACCCGAAAAAUUGUUGAAAAAAAUUAAAACUAUUGAUAAUAAACCUUUUAUACUCUAA